AUGACUCAAUAUGAAAAUACAAGCGGAUCGGAAGUAAAGAUAAACUGAAUAGUGAAGCUUGUUUAAGAUAUGUAAAAAACGGAAAUAAGGUCUCCUUAAAGGAUGUUGAACGGAAAUAGGUUUAAACCUAAUAUCAAGUAAAGUUAAUCAUUUUACUAGUAUAACUAUGUAGUGCGAGCAUACAUACAUUGUACAUGUUUUGAGCAACUUAUAAGUAGAUUUCUGAUAACAAAAACGGUGCAUAUAUGGGUGUUAAACGGAUAUAACACGAAAUUUAUGGAUUUUAUUACAAUUAAACACUGAAUACUUUGGAUAAUCCUUACUUAUGAUAUUAUUAUUUUUCUAAUAAAAAUGGUAAAGUUUCGUUGACAAUAUAAAAAUAUUCUUCUGGACUGUACAUUUAUAUAAACUAAGAAAUAAUAAAUAAAUAGUAGUUCUUGAAUUAAAAAAAAAAAGGAAAAUAUUUGUGUUUAAAAUGGCUCGUGACACAUGUUAUGACAACGUGCUUAAUGUGCUUAAGUACGGUUGCCUUGUGCUCUUUGCUAUACAAGUUGGGGUUGUUUUGAGUUAUAACAUUGAAGCUAAUCCGAAAAAAGUCGGAAAAGCUGAAGGUGAAAAGGAUUCCCAAUUUGGAUACACCGUUGCAAUUAUUCGUAAACCGGGUUGGACCACUGGAGAUAAAAGCUUUCAUGAUAAAGAACUUUUGGUAGGGGCGCCAAAUUUAACCUACAAAAAAAUCAUCGGCCAUGGUCAGGCAACUCGAUGUAUGACACCGACAAGUGAGAAUAUCACCUGCACUUCCCUUGACCUCGAGGAUCCUUCAAACUUGUGUGAAAAAUUAAAGAAAACCAAAACUGACUGUACAUUUGAAAGCAGACUUGGAGCGACAAUAGAAGUAAACCGAAAGUAUAAUAAAAAUAAUAGAGCCGAUAUGGUUACUGUUUGUGCCCCUGGUUGGAAAAACGUUUACCCCGAGAUAGCCCCUGAUAAAUACCAGAAUUAUAUGCCUGGUAUGUGCUUGAGAAUGAGAGAUCAACUUACAGUGCAGUCAUGUGAUCGACCGUUCUGCUGGCCGUUUUGGCCAGGCAAUAAUGAAACAUCUUUUAAAGGGAGACCACAAUAUACCUACGCAGAAGGUGGAAUGUCGGCCACAUAUACCAAGGAUGGACUCGGGGACAUUAUUGGUGCUCCCGGGGCUGAUGAUUGGCGAGGUGCGUUUAAAUCGUAUCUAAAGGAUUGGACGGCCCGGCUGAGUUUUGAUUACACUACAAACACGAUGUACUUCGGAUAUGCUUUGGCUGUUGGAAAGUUUUGGAAAGGUGAAAUGGUUAUAUCUGGAGCCCCUAACUGGAAUGAUCCGAAAAGCACGGGACAUUUCGGAAAGGUUUAUCUGUAUAUUGGAAAUGACCUAGAAUAUCAGCUAGAUUUUGGCAUCCCAGCAACUCCAUGUCCCGACCAAGAUAACCUGGAUUUAAGAGAAUUAAUUGACAAAGAACAAACUGGUACCAAGUUUGGCGCAGCACUCGCUGCUGUUGACGUCACAGGUGACGGAUAUGACGAACUAUUUGUUGGUGCCCCGUUCUACACUGGUGACAAUCCGGAAGAGGGACGUGUUUUCGUUUAUAGUUCGUCAAGAGACACCAGUAUCUGUGGUCCAAUAGGAAUUCUUUCAGGUGGUGUUAAGGUACCUUCAUUAAAGGAUAAAUCUUCUUUUGCUCGGUUUGGUGCAGCCAUCGCAUCUAUGGGUGACCUUGACCUUGACGGUUAUAAUGAUGUAGCAAUCGGAGCACCCUACGAAGAUGAUGGAGCAGGUGCCAUAUAUAUCUACCCAGGCAUUGGAGAGUGUAAAUGCGAAAUGAAUGACCAUUUCACCCAAAGGAUAGCUGGUCGUGAUCUUGACAUUGGUUUACGAUCAUUUGGCUGGAGCAUGUACGGUGAUGAAGACAUUGAUGACAAUUCUUUCCCAGAUUUCGUUGUUGGAGCGUACGAGUCAGACACUGCGUUAGUGUUUAGAGGGAGGCCAAUAGUCAAUGUUUUCGUUGAAAUUGAAAUGACUCCAAAUCCAAUACCUUUAAACGGUUCCCUCUUAGCCUGUUCCGCUGAUAAAGAAACUCUCUGCUUCACUGUAAUAGCCAAGUUCCGCUUUGAAUCGGUCGGGAGUAGGAAAGGAAAAGUGGACAAUGUCUACCUUAAAUGGACACUGGAUUCUGACACUUUACAUAAGAGCAAAGAAGGAUGGAGUAGAGUUUCAUUUAGAUAUUUUGAUAAACAGGACAUUAUUACAGAGAAUAUUACACUCUCUGGACCCAGUGUACACAAUAAAACGUAUAUAAUGGACGUGAAGAGGUAUAGAGGAAAACCAGAACCGAAGGAUGCCUGGACGAAUGUUCGUAUGGAAGGACGUUUUGAGCUUAUACCUUCUAGUGAAGACAAUUUUGAUGUUCUUGAUCCGAUCCUUUCAAAAGACGUUAACACGCUAAUCUUGGAAGAUACUAAAUUUGACAAGAAAUGUGAUAAUAUCAACACGUGUACAUCCGACCUUAGACUUCAAGUAGAUAUGUUUCUGCUUAGGGAUGGCGUUAAACCUACACAUGUCCGUAAUGAUACUGUUUUGUACGUUGAUGCUGCUAACAUGUUACAGGUAACGGCCGACGUACUGAAUCUUUUUAAUUCAUCAUACAGAGCUAACGUUAGUGGGGAAGUCUCGACGUUGAUGAAAAGAGAUGCCUCCCCGAAUAAUGGCCUUAUUGGUGCAAGUUGCAAGUACGAAUCUCCUCAUCAAACCAGCACGAUUGUCAACUGUACCGCAGACAGUAAGCUGGAUAGAAAUGAAAACAUGAAGAUCAAAAUGUACUACGAUAUUAGUAGGCAACGCCUGAUUCCUGGGAUGGACCUGAAUAAAAUGAAGGAAAGCAUACAUAUUUCUAUGCGUGCUGACCAGGCUAAUUCAGACGUUGACACUAGCAACAACGACUUCAAAAGAACCAUUGCUGUGAAGCUGAAAUAUUCAGUACAUAUACAGGCAGACAAAGAAACGUCCGAUCAACUUAGAUACAAAGCUGACGAAAAGAGCACAAAUAUGCUUCGAUUGAUUCAUAGAUACAUCAUUACGAACGAAGGACCAAGUUUUCUACCGAAGACAUAUGUUAACAUAACAAUACCACUGUCCAAUGAAGAUGCAGAAUUUGCCAGAAUUGUGGAAUUGCCAACCAAAUGUGUUUAUCGUGGACAAUUAUUUGAUACAACUACACCAGCAUCAACCACGGUGAAAACAACAAAACACUCACUUCCUCCGGACACAGAACCAGAAAGGAGACGAAGAGAAGCGGAACGAGCGGCACAAAGUGCGAAAAGUACUGGAGAGAAACCCGAACCGACAUCCAAAGCUAAGAAUAUA